UGCGUGCCUUGCACCUUUCCUGAGGCUUGUGCUCACCGGGGAUUGGAACUGAGACACAGACACCCCUUUCCACCUGGCCCACAACUGCCCCCCAGAAGCCCCCUGCCUCUGGAGGGCACAGGUGGGUGAGGGGCUCAUGGCGGGUUUCUUCGCAGCUGUGUCCAUGGGCUCUGCUGACCACCAGUUCAGCCUCGCGGAGAUCCUGUCGCAAAACUACGGUGUCCGGGAGGGGCGCGAGGCAGCCGCUGGGGGCCCCGAGAAGCCCGAGGAGGAGCUGGAGAAGGACUUCGUCUCCCAGAGCAGCGACAUGCCCCUCGACGAGCUGCUGGCACUCUACGGCUACGAGGCCUCAGACCCCGUCUCGGAGCAGGAGAGCGAGAGCACUGAUGCCGCACCCCCCCUCCUGGACGUGACCCUGGACAAGGAACAGAUAGCGAAGGAUUUACUUUCGGGAGAAGAAGAGACACAGCCGUCCGCUGAUGACCUCACCCCAUCCGUGACCUCACACGCAGCCUCAGCCCUGUUCCCCAACCAGAGCGGACCCCGCUUCCUGGCCAGCGGAGACAAAGAGCCUGGCUCCUCCGCUUCGUCCGACGCUGAGGAGGACGCUCUCCCUGCCAACAAGUGUAGGAAGGAGAUCAUGGUGGGGCCUCAGUUCCAAGCUGACCUCAGCAGCCUGCACGUCAGCAGACCCAGUGAGAAGAUUUACGAGAACGAGGACCAGCUGCUCUGGGACCCCCAUGUCCUGCCCGAGAGGGAGGUGGAGGAGUUCCUGUACCGCGCUGUGAAGCGGAGGUGGGACGAGGCAGCUGGACCCCAGCUCCCGGACGGGGAGGCAGUGAAGGACAGCGAGCAGGCGCUGUACGAGCUGGUGCGGUGCAGCUUCAAUGCCGAGGAGGCCCUGCGGAGGCUGUGCUUCAAUGUGAAGGUGAUCCGAGACGGGCUGUGCGCCUGGAGCGAGGAGGAGUGCAGGAACUUUGAGCACGGCUUCCGUGUGCACGGGAAGAACUUCCACCUGAUCCAGGCCAACAAGGUGCGCACGCGGUCGGUGGGCGAGUGCGUGGAGUACUACUACCUGUGGAAGAAGUCGGAGCGCUUCGACUACUUCACCCAGCAGACGCGCCUGGGCCGGAGGAAGUACGUCUCUUCCGGAACCAUGGACACGGACCAGGACCUGGAUGGUGGUGACCCUGACGGCCCAGGCCGUCCCCGCCCCUCACUGCCCCUGCCCUCCACCGCCAAUGGCUUGGGCUCUGAGCAGGACGCUCUAGGGGGACUGUGCACAGAACCGCUGAGUGUGGACGCCACCACCCGCUGUCUCAGCAGCCUUGGUGAACCCGGAGGAGGCGGCCUCCAGAUCACGGAGCCGCGGCCCUGCCCUUUCCAGACACUGGACGAGCCCCCGGCCGGGCCACUGCCCCAGCAGCCCCCGACCCUGGGCGACCAGGCCUUCUACCCCCCGGCCCCGGGCGUCCUGGAGCCUGGUGCCCGCCCACGACUGGCAGUGGACUUGGCCCUGCCCGGGGCCCUUCCUGAGGAGCUGCCCAUUAUCUCCAGCCACGUGGGUCUGGACAAAGACCACACGGAGCCUGUGGCCCCCGCACAGGUGGCCUUGUCGGUUGCUGAGUUCGGACUCAUUGGCAUUGGGGAUGUGAACCCCUUCCUGGCUGCUCGUCCAGCGUGCCCGGCGCCCGGGCUGCACGCGGAGCCCCUGUCACACUGUAACGUGAUGACCUGUUGA